AUGACAUUCCCAAGCGACCAGCACCUGACAUUCCCAAGACCGACCAGCACCUGCGACCAGCACCUGGCAUUCCCAAGCGAUCAGCACCUGGCAUUCCCAAGCGACCAGCACCUGGCAUUCCCCAAGCGAUCAACACCUGGCAUUCCCAAGCGACCAGCACCUGGCAUUCCCAAGCGACCAGCACCUGGCAUUCCCAAGCGAUCUACACCUGACAUUAUCAAGCGAUCAACACCUGACGUUCCCAAGCGAUCAACACCUGGCAUUCGCAAGCGACCAGCACCUGACAUUCCCAAGCGACCAGCACCUGGCAUUCCCAAGCGAUCAACACCUGGCAUUCCCAAGCGACCAGCACCUGGCAUUCCCAAGCGAUCAACACCUGGCAUUCCCAAGCGAUCAACACAUGACAUUCCCCAACCGACCAGCGCACCUGACAUUCCCAAGCGAUCAACACCUGGCAUUCCCAAGCGACCAGCACCUGGCAUUCCCAAGCGAUCAACACCUGACAUUCCCAAGCGAUCAACACCUGACAUUCCCAAGCGAUCAACACCUGGCAUUCCCAAGCGACCAGCACCUGACAUUCCCAAGCGACCAGCACCUGGCAUUCCCAAGCGAUCAACACCUGGCAUUCCCAAGCGACCAGCACCUGGCAUUCCCAAGCGAUCAACACCUGGCAUUCCCAAGCGACCAACACCUGACAUUCCCAAGCGACCAGCACCUGGCAUUCCCAAGCGAUCAACACCUGGCAUUCCCAAGCGAUCAACACCUGACAUUCCCAAGCGACCAGCACCUGACAUUCCCAAGCGACCAGCACCUGGCAUUCCCAAGCGAUCAGCACCUGGCAUUCCCAAGCGACCAGCACCUGGCAUUCCCAAGCGAUCAACACCUGACAUUCCGACAUUCCCAAGCGACCAGCACCUGGCAUUCCCAAGCGACCAGCACCUGGCAUUCCCAAGCGAUCUACACCUGACAUUCCCCAAGCGACCAGCACCUGGCAUUCCCAAGCGACCAGCACCGAUCAACACCUGA